AUGAGAUGCUGCUUAGAAUUCAUAUAUGUUCUUAGUGGGUGGGAGGGUUCAACACAUGAUUCAAAAUUGCUAAGUGAUAGUAAAUACUUUUUAGUGGAUUGUGGAUUUCCAAAUCGACAACAGUUUUUAGCUCCAUAUCGAGGUGUACGUUAUCAUCUUCAAGAUUUUGUCGGGCAAGGUCGUGACCCUGAAAAUGAUGUUGAGUUAUUCAAUCUACGACAUGCUUCUUUGAGGAAUGUAAUUGAGAGGAUAUUUGGUAUAUUCAAAUCAAGAUUUACGAUCUUCAAGUCAGCACCCCCGUUCCCUUAUAAGACUCAAGCAGAACUUGUACUAGCUUGUGCAGGACUUCAUAAUUUUCUUCGCAAGGAGUGUCGUAGCGAUGAGUUUCCAAUUGAGCUAGAUAGUGAUGAAUCUCCUUCACCUCUACCAAUGAAUGAUGUAGAUAAUUUUGAACAACUGUUUGAAACUCAAGAACAACAACGGGAGCAUGCAAAUGAAUGGAGGGAUAAAAUAGCUUUGGAUAUGUGGAGAGACACCCAACAAGGCGAAACCAAUGCCAAUCAAAGAUAA